CAAAUUUAUUGUCAACAUCACUAUAUAAUGUUAAUGAUGAGAGUUUUUACACCCACAUUCAUCUUGAUAACUAUACUAGUGGCUUUGCUCACCUUAUCAGCAGCUGAAACAAGAACAUGUAAGAAGGCUAACGAGUUUUGUGGAGGCAUCGCCGGGUUUCAAUGCUGUGAAGGGCUGCAGUGCAACCUCGAAGGUGACUUCCCUGACGCAGGCGGCGAAUGCAAGCCAACAACUACGACAUGUAACAAGUGUGGUCAAUUUUGCGGAGGCAUAGCCGCGUUUCGAUGUUGUGAAGGAUUAGAUUGUAUACUCGAUGGUGAUUAUCCGGAUGCCGGUGGAGUUUGCAGGAAGCCGAAACAAAGAUCAUGUCACAAGGUUGGACAACUUUGCGGCGGCUUCACCGGAGCACAAUGUUGUAAAGGAUUUAUUUGUGUACUUGAUAAUAUGAAUCAUCCACAUGUUGGUGGUAAAUGUAAGCGUGUUCAUCACUAAUCAUACACCAAAUAAAAUUAACUUCAUUUGGGUGU